UGACAGAACUUUUGUCACUUAAAUGUUUCCACUUAUGUCUGCUGCCUAACGAAAGUGUGUCAUUGAUACCCAGCGUAGACCCUGUACUAAAGCGAGUGGCUACAAACUUGGACAGAGCAAGCGUUUUCCAUACACUGGCAGAGCUGUGGGGUGUGUUUUUCCAAGCCGACUGGACAGUAGGACACCGCUCGGAGGAGCAGCCGGAGUGCCGCUAUGGGGAACCGGGGGAUGGAAGACCUCAUUCCCCUUAUUAACAAACUCCAGGACGCCUUCAGCUCCAUCGGCCAGAGCUGCAACUUGGACCUGCCCCAGAUAGCGGUUGUCGGCGGGCAGAGUGCGGGGAAGAGCUCCGUGCUGGAGAACUUCGUGGGAAGGGACUUCUUGCCCAGAGGCUCCGGUAUCGUCACUCGCCGCCCCCUCAUUCUGCAGCUGGUUAACAGCAAAGCUGAGUAUGCAGAGUUUCUACACUGCAAGGGUCGUAAGUUUGUGGACUUUGAUGAAGUUCGCCUUGAGAUUGAAGCGGAGACUGACCGACUCACAGGCUCCAACAAGGGCAUCUCUCCGAUUCCUAUUAAUCUCAGAGUUUACUCCCCAAAUGUGUUGAACCUGACCCUGAUUGACCUGCCAGGGAUGACCAAAGUGGCCGUGGGAGACCAGCCGGUGGACAUAGAGCACCAGAUCAGAGACAUGCUGCUGCAGUUCAUCACCAAAGAGAGCUGUCUCAUUCUGGCGGUCACUCCGGCCAACACUGACCUGGCUAACUCAGACGCUCUCAAGAUUGCCAAGGAGGUGGACCCUGAGGGUCUGCGAACUAUUGGUGUCAUCACCAAGCUGGACUUGAUGGACGAAGGCACAGAUGCACGAGAAAUCCUGGAGAACAAACUGUUGCCCCUCAGAAGAGGUUACAUCGGUGUGGUGAACCGUAGUCAAAAGGACAUAGACGGGAAAAAGGACAUCCGAGCUGCUUUGGCUGCAGAGAGAAAGUUCUUCCUGUCACAUCCUGCGUACAGACACAUCGCAGAGCGCCUGGGCACUCCACAUCUGCAGAAGUCUCUGAACCAGCAACUGACCAACCACAUCCGCGACACCUUGCCGGGGCUGCGCAGCAAACUGCAGAGCCAGCUGCUGUCCUUGGAGAAGGAAGUGGAGGAAUUCAAAAACUUCCGUCCCGAUGACCCGACACGGAAAACCAAGGCCUUGCUUCAGAUGGUGCAGCAGUUUGGGGUGGACUUUGAGAAGUGCAUCGAGGGUUCUGGGGACCAGGUGGACACGUCCAACCUCUCUGGGGGAGCAAAGAUCAACCGGAUCUUUCAUGAGCGAUUUCCCUUCGAGCUGGUGAAGAUGGAGUUUGAUGAAAAGGAGCUGCGGAAAGAGAUCAGUUACGCCAUCAAGAACAUCCAUGGAGUCAGGACGGGCCUGUUCACCCCCGACCUGGCCUUCGAAGCCAUAGUGAAAAAGCAGGUCAUAAAGCUGAAAGACCCGUGUCUCAAAUGCGUAGACCUGGUCGUCACCGAGCUCGUGGCCCUGAUCAGGAAGUGCACGGAGAAGCUCCGAUCCUACCCACGACUGAGGGAAGAGACUGAGAGGAUCGUGACCACAUUCAUCAGAGAGAGAGACAGCAAGACCAAAGAUCAGGUGCUGCUGCUGAUUGACAUCGAACUCUCCUACAUCAACACUAACCAUGAGGACUUCAUUGGGUUUGCUAAUGCGCAGCAAAGAACAAAGACGAAGAAGAGCGUGAUGCCAAAUCAGGUGAUCCGCAGAGGUUGGCUGACCAUCAACAUCAGCAUCAUGAAGGGGGGCUCCAAGGACUACUGGUUUGUCCUGACGGCAGAGUCUCUUUCCUGGUACAAAGACGAAGAGGAGAAGGAGAAGAAAUACAUGCUGCCCCUGGACAACCUGAAGCUGAGAGACAUUGAAAAGGGCUUCAUGUCGAGCAAACAUGUCUUUGCCAUCUUCAACACCGAGCAGAGAAACGUCUACAAAGAUCUGCGUCAGAUCGAGCUGGCGUGUGACAGUCAGGAGGACGUGGACAGCUGGAAGGCUUCCUUCCUGCGAGCUGGUGUUUACCCCGAGAAGGAUCAGGUGGAGAACGAUGAGGCCAUGGUGCCCAGUGACACCGUGUCCAUGGACCCUCAGCUGGAGCGGCAGGUGGAAACCAUCCGGAACCUCGUGGACUCCUACAUCAGCAUCGUCAAUAAGUCCAUCAGAGAUCUGAUGCCCAAGACCAUCAUGCACCUGAUGAUAAACAACGCGAAAGACUUCAUCCACUCUGAGCUGCUGACUUACCUGUACUCAGCUGGCGACCAGGGCAGCCUGAUGGAGGAGUCAGCUGAGCAGGCCCAGAGGAGAGACGAGAUGCUGAGGAUGUACCACGCCCUGAAGGAGGCUCUUGUUAUCAUCGGUGACAUCACCACCACCACCGUUUCCACUCCAGUCCCUCCACCGGUGGACGACACCUGGCUCAGAGAGCAGAGUGUCCCUCCAGCAACAGCGCCCCCUCCAUCUCGACCCCCAGCAGUGCGGGGUCCUGCUCCCGGCCCUUCACCGCCCCUCAACCCGUCCCCGGCCUUCGGAGCCCCACCGGUGCCAUCCCGACCAGGCCCCCCUGGUGCUUACGCAGGAGAUCCCAACGCUCCACUCGUGCCCUCCAGACCAGCACGUGUGCCCCCUGCCCUCCCCCCAGGCAUCCCACGCAGAAGACCCCCGGCCGCCCCUAACCGGCCCACCAUCAUCCGCCCCUCAGAGCCCUCCCUGCUUGACUAGAAGCACCCAGGGUCUGCUUCUCCAUUCCAGUUUUUACCAACCACAUCCGUCCAAAACUAUGAUUUUCUACAACUAAGUGCUGUUUUAUUAAAAAGGGAUACGUUUGAUCUGUUAAUGAUUUGAACUAUAAAAUAUUUUGAUUCAAUGGGUCCUCAGCAGAUGUUUAACAUUUUUGUGAAGAUAUUUUUACUGGAUAACAUAUCACACACAAAGCACCUCAGUGAGAAGCUGCACUUUUCUUAGUUUUUUUAAAAUCUGCAUCAUGUUUUCUUCCAAUGUGCAUUUUAUUACAAGGUCCUCUCAAGGUCAGGGCACAUUCAAGGUCAGGACCAAUAGAUUAGAAAAGCAGUUACAAAGUCAUACUUCCUGUUAUUCUCAGUUUCUGACGAAACUCGCUGGCCUUAUUCACCCGGAUCUCAUGGAAGCCAUUAAGGAUCAAAAACAAAGAAAAGGAAUAAAAUGUUGAGAAACAAUGUGGUUUUUUAUUUGCUUUGCAGAAUUAUCAGCUUCAUCCCAAAUAUUUUUAUUCUCUGAUUCAAGUAUGAGAGACAAGCAUUCAUUUACACAAUUCACCCAUGGAGCAGGGCAGUUGCUCAGGGCUCCGUCCUGAGAGACGGCUGACCCCCGUCCAUAUCAGGAG